AUGCCUGAGCAACCCCCUCGCGCGGUCGCCAUGGACCCGCCUCACAUCACUGAAUUCGCCUCGGAGCGGUACUUCGAAAAGCUGAGCCAGCUUAACGCUAGCCAACAAAAUCAUCGCCACCACCACCACCACCACCACCACCAUGAUCAUCAUCAUCAACAGCAGCAGCAGCAACAACAACAACAACAGCAACUGCCUGAUGCAUCCGAAACAUUGUCAACGCCGUCCGCGGCUGCCUCAUCGACAUUCAUCCUCCCUCUCCGAGACACGAAAACUGUCGAACUUGAGCCCUCAAAACAAACUGAGCAGAAGAAGGAUAGGAGUCGGUUCUUUGGUAUUCGCCAAAAAGUAUCAUUAUUGCAUUCAAAACCUCAUGGGGUCGACAUCGAGACGCAUCUUCCGAUUAGAGCCUCUACCGAGUCAACCCGAAAAAGGUUUGAAUUUGCACCAUCUUGUUGUGUUUUCGACAAUCUAACAAGCUAUAUUAGUGCUCCUUUCGACCUAUUAUUCUUAGCUCUCCCAAACGAACUACAGGUUGAAAUCCUGUCAUUAUUGCCUCUUACGGACAUUCUCAGCCUCCGACUUGCCUCCAAAACGUGGCAUAGUCUUAUCACCGCAAACGAAGCUCCCAUUGUUCGAUACCACCUCGAUACCCAUAUACCCGCCUACACCCUUCGCUUGUAUCCGAUUACCGAUCAGUCCGAGGUCAACUUUCAUUACUUGUGCAGCCUGUGGCACCGAUUGCAUGUUGCAGCCAAGCUUGCCCAUCUAAUGUGCGAGUGGAUCACAAAAGAGAUCUUUUUACGCCAAUCUGAAGCUCAACAAUUGGCGUUUACCCCGCAACGUGAGCGCAUGCGUCGUCGACUAAUCCCUCUUCUCUUUACCGUCUUCCAUUUCUUUGAGACCUACCGCAAAUUGCACCUCCAGCAUAUCGUCGAACACGAUGGCCAUGGGUUACGGAAAGAACCCUAUACCCUGAAUCCCAUCGAGUCCGAGAUUAUGAACAUGUAUGAUGAUCAAACUUUGUUGCGAGUGCACGAGGUCUUUCCUCUGAUUAUAUCAUCCUUCUGCCGGCGGCUGCGACCUCCUACCUAUGUUGGCCGUGUUGAGAGAUCUCUCAGAGGGUAUUUGCGAGACCGCCCAUCUGACGAAAUUCAUUCUGCAAUCUUGUGCAUUGGAGGCUUGCGACAAGUUGAAAGACUAUGGGAGAUCAAGGGCUACAACAACCGUCGUGCCGCUGUUGAUGUUUGGUACAACUCCUUAACCAGGGACUACAAGGAGCUUGUAUUGGAGCCACCGCCUGUCAAGUCACGAUUAGGCCUGAAAGGAUUUGGUCGCAAGAAGUCCACAAGCGGAGAUCGGCCUGCACACAGGUCAUCAUUUAGCGAGACAUUUGGCAAGACGAGAAGUCAUACGGGUUCAAUCGAUGCCAGCUUUAUGGACAGUGUAAUUGACUAUAACUGGGUUUUUCACACAAGUUUGGCAGCUGACGCCCCCAUGUCUGCACUCAGCCAUGACGAUGUGCAGAAAUUGCUGGAUGACACCCCUGUAUUACAACAAAUAUGGCUGACCACGGCUGAGGCUUUGAUUCUUGAUCGACGUAUUGUUCCAAGGACACAAGACAUUAAGCGAAAUCAGCAGGUCAUGUUGGACCUUAUUCGCGAAGAUGGACUCGACGAAGAAGACGAGUGGUGGUACGGGCGAAAUAACCCAGACUCCAUUAGGCCGUCAGCAAGUGCAGGAGACGAUGAUGCGGAGUAA